AUAUACAUAUAUUUGUGUAUGAGUAAGAAUAAACAGAGCAGUAGUGUGUUAGGCUAGACCAUGUGAAGGUAAACAUUGUGCAUUUGUUUUGCAAAUAUUGUUACAUUUCUAGUCAUAAUUUUAUCUGCAGUCAGAGCUAUACAUAAUGUAUACCACUUUUGAAUCAUAAUUACACCAUUUAUUUAGAAUGGGUGUCUGAAUACUAAUGAUUGCUAUAGAGUAUGUAAAAGUGCAACUUAUUGAUGUGACAAUCUUGAUUUCAUUGUAAAAUGAUUUAUGUUAAUAAAGGGAACAAUGUGAAAGAAUGUGGAGACAAGAUGUAUAUGUUUAAAACAGGGGACUUUCAUUCUUUUUACAAAAAAAGUCCAGUAUAUUUUGUAAAAUAAAUGCUAGUAGUCUAAUGAUGGUGUGAAACAAGAUUUCUGAAACAAAUUAGUCCUUUGAGAGAGAAAAAAAUAUAUAUUUGCAAAAGGUUAAGAAAAAGAGGCACAGAGAAGCACAUGUAAUUUGUGUAGUACUAGUGUAGAAAGAUAUGGGAUAUACACGUAUUACACACUAACUCAUGUUUGUGGUAGAGUUAUUAUAUAUCCUGCUUUGUAUAAUUUGUAUAAUCCACGUAAAAACUACCACCGUCAAUGCAUUUAAAUGACCAUUGAAAACAUCCUAAUUGUAUAUUAUUACGUAGUAUUGUCUAGUUACCAGGGCUACAUUGUAGCCCUUUAUAAUAGCCCCUGGCUAGUUGGACAGUCCUGGAUGUAUGUCAUUUUAUGCAGCCUAAUAAAUCAAACCAGAUCCAUACAGGGUACUGUAUGUGUACUUUUAUUAUUGUCUUGAGUUAGGAGUAAGGCCCCCUCACACAUGCUACCAUAAACUAAAUUAUGAGAAUGUAAUACUAGAAGUAUUCUUGUACAUGUGUAGUAUGAUAGAGGCAGCAUGUUUGUUCCACCAGAGAUGACUUCAAUACAUCAUCAUUACCCAGGUUGGGCCAACUGUAGAUCUAAUGCAGUGAAGACCUUUUCUUGAUAUGUUUAUGCUUUUGUUAAUAUAAGUCAACAUGGUCGUUUGAAUGCUUGUCCCUUGACAAAAAUUAAGCAGGAAACCCGUGUCAGUGACAUAAAGUGAUCAGUGGUCGAACCGGUUUAUCCUGUAUUUGCCAGUCCUAUGACAUACAUUGUGUGUAUUUAGCAGUGCGUUAAACCUGGCAAGAACGAUCAAACUCUCAGAAAUAGAUGUGCAGGUCUUAAGGGUAGUCUAUCUUUAUUGACAGUAUUUUCAUGUACACUUGAAGUGCAUCUGAGAGUUUGCUGUUGAUGGUAAGGCCUUGGUCUGGCGAUCCCCGGACUGAAGGAGGAGAGAAGCAUUAGGACGUUGUUAACGAGGCAGUCAACAGUUGAGGCAUCAAUCCUUGGUCAAGAGUCGUCAUCUAUCCCGUGCAAGUACGCGUAUAGGACGAACCACUAUCCUGACUUGAACUAUACAAUCAUACUAGUAACUGUUCCCGUCCGGCACGCAUACUGAAAGGACAUCUCUACCGUUUUGUGUCGCCUGAAAGACUUACGACGGCAAUACGAGUAUGGAGACUAGAAGAAAGGCAGUAAACGCUACCCCGGCACCAAACACGAACUUUCUGAAAAAGACGGGAACACUUGUGGUUCUGUUAUUGAUCCUGACUGUGUUGUGUGCGUACAUAGCGUAUACCGGAUUUGACGUUUCAAGUGUAGUUAAACACUCCGUUUCCCCACAUCGUCCCGCUUACGGAAAGAAAAGCAAAGAUAAGCGCCAUCGUCAUGAAAAAGCGCCCGUCAUCGAGCGUUCAUUGCUCCCCAGGUACAGCCACCUCAUUUCUGCUGACGACAAUCCCUUGUCACAGUACUACACCGUCUGGAACGAAGAAACACCACAGUCAGUACUUAAGGCACGAGGAGACCGGAGGAAGAUUCUUGUGUGGGAGCAGUGGCGCACAUUGGCGGUGCUGCCGAGACAAGCCUGUCCCUCCAUGCCCCAGUGUGAAUUCACCCUAGACCGCGGACAGAUCGCGGAAGCAGACGGCGUCGUCUUCUGGUUCAGGCUAUUGCCGUUGGUCUACGACAGGUCCUACUUCCCAACAGUGCGUCCCGCUCACCAGCACUGGAUCAUGCGUAGCGGUGACUGUCCCUACCUGACCAGAGCCAUCGACUGGGUUUCCUACGCGGGUGUCUUCAACUGGACAAUGACAUACCGUAACGACUCGGACGUCUACAUACCCUAUGGUACCGUUAAAACAGUUUUCGACGACAUGGCCAGAAGACCAGAUACUGUAGGCAGACUGUACCCCAAACAAAAAGGGAAACUUAUCAUAUGGUAUGUGAGCAAUUGCUACAAACACCUGUCCCGGUUUGCUUAUGCCAAUGAACUGAUGAAAUACAUCAAAGUUGACGUGUUUGGGGCCUGUGGAAGGGAAUACUGCGGGUAUAAGGCAAAGGACCAAAAUUGUUUUUCGAACCACCUACGCCAGUACAAAUUCUACUUGGCAUUUGAAAACUUCCAAUGCAUAUACUACAUUACAGAAAAGUUCUGGAAAAACGCCUUCCAGCAUGGUCUGGUACCGGUUGUUCUAGGUGCACCAAAGGGUGAUUAUGUGAGAGUUGCUCCAUCUAAUUCUUUUAUUCACAUAGACGAUUUCAAAAACCCCAGAGCCUUGGCAAGCUACUUGAUGUACCUAGACAAGAACGAGGACAAGUACAUGGAGUACUUUGCCUGGAGGAACAACCCUCCAAAGAACCUACCCGACUAUGAAAGUCACUGGUGCGAAACGUGUAAGAUGCUCGUACAAGCGAAGCCCAUGGAGAGAAAGGUUUAUAACGACAUCGACAAGUGGUGGAGGGGGCCUAACUACGAGUUCUGUGAACCUAUGAUCGUGUAUAAUAGCAUAAGUAACAUGAAGAACGAAUCAUUUUCGAUGCAUUAUACCUAAUUGUAAGUUCUCACGAAGCUCGAUCUGCACGAUUUGGAAAGAGAGAGAAAAAACUAACUACACGUAUUUGAUGCAUCUAAAUCUACCAUACAGGCAUCACAGUUAGAAGGGUUCAUAAAGUCAUGUUAAGGUUUAAAAUGUUGGUGAAUUGAAACCAGAAUGUGCAUUAUUUUGCUGAGAAGAAACUUCUUUUGAUUACUAGUAUUGGGCCAUGGUUGCUACCUUAUGUUAAGGUUUGAUUUUUAGCUAGCCAGAUAUAUAGUUAUUAUUAGGAUUCUGGUGGCUGAAUGUACUUAAUUGUAAGUGGAAACAAAGCUUUAUAUGCUUAACUGUUUUGUAGAUCUUGCAUCUGUAUCAGUAUAGCCAUGAUAACAUAAAGUGAUAUUUUACCUUUUUUUAUAUUCCAACAUGUAAUGACAAGACGUGGUGACAGCACACUCAAGUCCUCUCGACUUAUUUUUGUACCAUGCACCAGUAUUUUACUGCUAGUCUUAGAUACAAUAGCAUGAUUUGCAUUUAUCCAAUGACGUCUGGUCAAAGUCGUUCAUUUGUUCGGAUCAGAAGAAGAGGAAGAAGAAACAGAGAAUAUAGAAUGUGUGUCAACCUUCUACGAAGUUAAACAUUACUAAGAAUUUGUAAAUAAUAGAUGACCCUAGCUUAUUCAAAGCAUCCUGAUUGCGAUGUCCAUUGAGAGAAUCGGGGAUUCUGCAGAAUUGCAAUCUCUACGCCGACAUACAUGUAUAUGUAUUUUGCCAUCAUUACUGGACAAGCUGUGACUACCUGGUGUGUUAAGCUGGUGUGAUACACUGAAGGGCGUAUGUACAUUAGAUAUUGCCAUGUACUAAAUAAAAACAACAUACAAAGAUACAUACAGGCACUCUUGCCUCAUUUUUUGUAUAGUGAAAUAACAUUCAGUGAAAAUUCCCAAGUCUUUGAAUUAGUGAAGUAACUUUAUUUCUGUGAGGCAUGGUAAAGAACAACAGAACAGUAAGACUUGAUGUUCAAUCAAGCUCAAAUUAAACUGUUCAGGUGGCUUACAGGUGUGUUCUACACAGUGCAGUUAAGAUGACACCACCUCCACAGCUAGGGCAAAGACACAGAAUUUUUCUAUGAAACACUUGGUUGGACUCAGGGGUAUCUAGCCUGUACACUAUAUAUGAAAAUGACUUGCUAUUACAGUGGAAUUAACACUUCCAGCGAAUGGUUCUCUCUAAAACAAUAAAGACUGCGUUUCAAGAGUUGCAGUGUGUUUGAAAACUCGGAUCAAACUCGCCUCAAAAGACACCAACAACUAUCAUGAAUCAACGUCGCUCCAGACCUAUACCUGACCAUUAUAGACUCAAGUUUGGACUUGUCAUACAAAGAGCUGAUUCAGUACAAACUCAUGAUGUUCAAGUAUUCUUCCCAAGUUGAUUGCAAAUACAAACAGCACUGUUUGAUUGUAAAAGGUACAAACUCUAUGUACAAAGACUACAGCACUUGAUUAUACAAGUACUCAUUACCAAAAAAAAAUGAUCUUAACAGAAAAUGUUUUUGACACAAAAAAACAUUGUCUACAUAGGGAGAGGGCAUUCACAACAUUAUAACCUUCAGCCUGCUAAGGUAGCCAUUUGGCAUCAAAUGUGUAUUGGUUAUGGGGGUAGGCAGCAGGAGACAGGUUAAUGUAGGAGUUUCAUUUCCCCCUCAAUGAUUUAUAUCUGAGAUAGAAUUCAGGCCAGAAAAAGAAAAUAAUUUGACUCUUCUGAAUGGCCCUGUGCAAAAUAGAGAGCUACAUGUAGUCUUCUCAAUGACCCCGUGCAAAAUAAAGGGCUACAACGGUAAAAACCUUAAGUGCUUGAAAUGCUCUUUUUGCAUUAAAAAAAGGUUCAACAGACAUAACCUAACACAGCUCAAGAUGUUCAGUCAAGUGCAGCUCAACACUUUUGUCCACAUAUUAGGAUUACAUGUACCAUGAAGGUGUUCAAAAGUUCAUGAAACAGAAACAUUCCCUAGCCACUAGCUCUACUAAACAUAAAAACUAACACUGUUCAACCCUUCGCAUCAUUGACACUAUCAUCUAAACUACUGCUUCAACAAAAUAAAGUUGUUACUGCCUCAAUAGAUGAUCAUUCUACUUUAUGAAAUGGCAUGACUUGAGCAGUGAAACCUGUAGCAAUUUUAUCUCCUUUCUGCAUCAAGGGCUGAGUGAACAUGUCCGGAACUUUACAAACUAAUGAAAAGUCAACAACUUUGCGGUAACAACAUCAGUGCUUCAUUACUCUUACCUCAAUUACAUGGAACAUUUCUGAUUACGGUAAUACCGAAUAUCUCAAUACUGUACAUCAGUUGCAAUUAGUAAGGUUUUCGAAUCCGUGUAUAAUACUUGUAAGUUCAACAACUUCUAGGCUACCUAUGUACAGCCAUUUAGUCCUGGGUAGUCUGAUACAUGUACAUUGUUUUUCUUCUCUUUUCUUCAGUGUAAGAUAGGAAAAAAGUCUCGUAUUGCCUCAAUAUGCCUCCUCCUCAAAUAUCUGGAAAUGUUUGCAGUAUGUUGGGCUCUAGAAAUGUGUUGCUGUGUGAUCUUGUGUAGCGUACGGGUACACCACUUGUUAGGGACUGGCUA